UAAUAGAGUGCAUGAUAGAAUGAAAGUAGGGGGUCACGCUGCGUCGUUCACGGCAACGUUCCUACAAACAUUCCUCGGUACACCUAGCGACGAAAAUUCGCGACGUGACUGGUCCUCGCCGUGUCUAAAAAAAAAGUGCAACCACCUACACAUUUGACAGCGAUGGAUCUGGUGCAUCUCCCACGACAGCAUUGAUACCAGCCAUUUGCUGGCAGUAUUACAUACCACUUUCUCUUCAUUCGCCAUGGACAGCGUACUUGACUUCCUUGAUGCUGGCACAAAAAAGGCGGCGUUCGAAGCCCACUUGGCAAGGCUUGAAGCGACACCUCGUCUCGACUUCGACGCCUUGCGAGUGUGCAUUCGACUAUUACCGCCAUUGACCCCCGAAGAAGUGGCCGGCCGCUUUGAAAGUAGCACCGCUUCCGUAACACCAAGCCAGGAUAUCUCACCUUACGAAAAGCUUUGGGGCCUCAUUCUCUUUCACAUACUCGAGGAGCAGGACCUAGAACGCCUCUACAGCAUCGUUGAGAUAUGUCUCGGCCAUAGUUCUAUCGCAGCUGCACAACUCGACCGGCGAACUCAUGAUGCACUCGGUCUUCUUCUCUCGGAAAUUUCCAACAAUCGUAAAAAGGUAGCGAGCGAUGAAGCAGAGCUACUACUACAAGAGGAGCGCAUCCGUAAAGCUGUGGGCUAUCUAAACUUUUUGAAGUGCUCUUUUUGGCUUCCCAAACAUCAGCAACAUCUCAUCAGUCCAAGCUCUAUAGGACUCCUCUCAGCCUUCAUUGGCAUCGAUGGACUAGAUCACGCUGCACAAGGUGCCCUAUCUGCUUUGUUCGCGCUGCUUAAAAACGGUGGGCCGAUUGUUGUUGCCUACCAGAAGCACCCGUUACAGCCGUGGUUGAAGUACGAACCUGCUUUGGGACGACUCGUGCUGAACAAAACCAUUAUUGACCAAUCCUUUUGGAACAAGGUCAAAAUGCUUGGACCCGAGGUUUUCACCUCAAACUCCAGUCACAUCUUCAGGACAUGGUUUCAGUGGAUUUCGCAAGCUGUCACCGACGGCGUGGACCUGGAAUGUCUGCUCGAUGACCUGUAUUGGAAAAGGCUUCAGAUUGGCCUUUUGAAGGGCUUCGCCGAUCAGCGUAAAUACUGCCUCGGGAUCAUUCGCCAGUCAUUACUUGCUACGAACAAGGAUAUCCUCACUUCCACACUCGAGUUCCAUGUUGACGACCGCGACGCUUAUUUAAUGGCGUACGAGCAGUUCUCAGUAUUGUUCGAAACAAUCGUGCUAGACCGGUACCAGAACCAAGUGCAGGCCUGCCUACCGGAGCUCACAUUAUUGCUUGGUCCCCAAUCAAAGAUCUCGUCGAUGAUGGCUACCACAUUGCUUGCUGCCUCACUUGAUUCCACGGUACAAGAGGGCAUACGCAAAAUCAUUGGUAAUUGGUAUAUGAACUACGUUGUUGAGGACCAAACAGACUGCAGCGACCAUAUAAAUUUUCUCCUUGAGGGAUUCCUUCCAUGGGGGACCGAAGGCAACCUUUUCACAUCUACUAUCACGUCGGCACGAGCAAUGACCAUGUGUACUCACGGCUCGGCACUCGUUAAUGUUGUUGCUAGGUUUAUAUCAAAGUCUCCAGACAGCCCACCUUCCACUGUCCCGACCAAAACAGACAUCCUAGAGACGACAGUGCUGACUUCAAGUCGCCAAAGGGUGAUCCUUGGAGUCACUCGCUUCAUCUUAAAUUCGGGUGGUAGAAUCUUCCAACCUGCCAUCCUAUACCUGAUGGAAGGCCUCAUCAAAGGCCUGCAAGCACGCCAAGGAGAACUACCGUUACAGCAUUCAUUAAGUCCUUCGGAAGUCAAUGAAAUCCUUCGUCUUUCACGUCUCACGGGAUUACCGGAGAUUUCAACCAACCUUCAAAGCAUUUUCUGCCGGCAACUUUGUGACUUGGUCGCGUCUGACUGGAAAGUAUCAAACGAGUCUGGCUAUAAUAUGUUGAAAACCCGACUGCUGGAACUCGAAAAGUCUGUGGACGAUACCAACACGCCAGACACCGUUUGGUCAAUAUCCGGAGAAUUACCGUCAUUUCAGGCUUUCCUAAAGCAGCUAGAUGUGUCGAAACAUCGAUCUAUCCAAGGAGAGGCUUACGCACCAGCCUCGAAGAGUGUAGUAGAGAUGCUUGAUCAAGCAAAUAUCACAUCCAUUGAUCACGAUGAUCUACACUCCAUCUUGAACGCCUUUUGGGAAGAGGCGGAGAGGAGAGAAUUCAGCAGAUCGGUCGCGAUGCAUCUGCCGCCUCUGUUAUUCCACCCGACGUGCAUCCAAGUCUGCGUGUCACACUAUUUUCGACAAGAAGAAGAGAAAGAUGAUUCUUUGAUAGGUCUUCUUUCAAGAGCCAUGGAACACCUACAGUCACUUUCCAGGGGUAGGACAUACAUUCUCUCUGUCCUCGUAAGAUCACUCCGCAAAGUGGCAUUUCGCUGCCCUUCCGUUCUCAGUGUUCUACCAUUUGAAGACUUCAUCCUUGACUUUCUUGACAAUCCACCAUCAGUCAAGCCAGAAUUCCUAUUCGAACUCGCUGCUGCUGAGAAACUUCAAAAGCUCUUGCCCCAUAGAACAUACGCUUCGUAUUAUGGCCAGAGAGAAUGGCAUGCGUAUGCGGCUCUAAUCGAUAUAAUCCAGCGAUUCCCAGAAGAGCAACUGGGCGUCGCUAAGCGUAUCUUGGAUCGAUUGCUAGAGCCGUGGAGGAUCCAGGAAGCACCAAUUCAUAUCAAGAGCAAAUGGAAAGAAACACUACAGUUACAAGCGAUGCUCCUACUCAGUGACCUCUGCAUCAUUGAAUCGGAGGCGAGUAUCUACCUCGAAUCCUUCAUGCACGCCUUGGUUCUGGAACCGUGGCCACGUUUUCGCUUUUUGCUGGAGUGGAUUGUCGCUCGCAUUCUCAUCCGCUUCCCUGGGAACGCGUCUCGGAUUCUCAUCGACCUUGAGAGAUUGGGUGAUAACAGUCCCAUACACAUUGCUAGCCUCAUGAAGCUGGGGCUCCUUAUCGUACCAUUUCAAACAGAAGACUUUGCAGUGAAACUUGCAACACAGCUCACCUAUUUCUGUGCCAGUCCAAAGGUCCAAAUUCGGCACGAGGCGAACUUUGAUUUUCCCAUAGUCCUCGACAUAGCAAAGGAAAAGGGCUGGACGAGUGUUACAGGCAACCCUGCUUUCGUAGCAUUGAAUACCUUCCUUCGACAAUUGGACAAAUUCAAUGCUUCUCCGUGGACAAUAAGAACACUGAAAUUAGAAGCUGUGAAAGACUUCACAGUUGUCAAGAUCUUCCAGGGUCAAUACCUUUCGAUCGAGUCACCAGAGAAGGAGACAGUUGCGUAUGAGGACUUCCUCUUGCUCCGGGAAGAAGAUCAGAUAUCUGGCACAAACGCUCCGUCGGAGCAUAUGGCACUAGGUGCGAGAAUCAACACGGACAUAACUUUGGAGGCACCAGCCAUACGUCCUAACUUACCACCUGCCACUAUCGGACACUCUACUCCAGCCAAUCCAACGUUCCUUCAGACAAAGUCUGGCUUCGACUUCAACACCCUCCACCCCUCUAGUGGGUCUCCAAGCACCCAAAAUCAACGCCCAGCAUCCGUCAUUUUAGUUGCCUCCCUAAUUGACAACCCAACGAAUCUUGGCGGCCUUUCACGUAUUUCUGAGUCAUUUGGUCUUGAAGCCUUAUACAUUAACGACGUGAAGAAGAUCGGGCACAGGGACUUCAAAGCUACAAGCGUGACCUCAGAAAAACACUUUCCAAUUGGAGAGCUCAAAAUACCCGGCGUACCCGACUUUCUGCUCGAAGCGAAGAGGAAGGGAUAUGAAGUUGUGGGUAUCGAGCAGACGGAUCGAAGUGGGAUAUUAGGAAACGGAGAUAUUGGUGGGGGACGUGAUAUAAACCAGAAGGAUCUUGGUACCUUGCCAAAGAAGUGCGUUCUAGUGCUGGGUAGCGAGAAAGGAGGCAUCUCACCUGAGGUUCUAGCGGUGGUUGAUCGAUGUGUUGAGAUCAAGACAGUGGGCGUGACGAGGAGUCUCAAUGUCCAGACUGCGGGAGGCAUUGCAGUCUAUGAGUGGUGGAGAGAGUGGGGCUGUAGCAAUUGACGAAGGAUGGUGGGUACGUGUUUCUCUACACGUAGGCUACCCGAGCUGAAAGUUUAUAUGGGUUGAACACCACCUUCGAUGUCUAGUUUGGACAUAUAUACCGUGACUUCUCACGUUAGAUCGAGAGAUAAAGCCAGUUACAUCAAAACAUAUCAAUCCUACGAAACCGCUUGAGCUAGUGGAAUGCAAGUUGCAGUGCGGUAAACAAACAGGCUGUUAGGGAUCUAUGCGG